AUGACCCACCUUCCUGAAAACCUCCUCGACCAGAAGCAUCCCACCUCGGGCAGAAUCACGAAAAAAAAAAAAAAAAAAGGGUUGGAGACAGGAGUGGGGGGAUAUGCGGGGGUGUGUGUGGGGGGGAGUAACAGGCUGUUAAAUCAUAUUUCUCCCUAUCUUCCACAGAGACCGAUCAGAAAGGAUUUCUUAACUGGCACUGCUGGCAGAGACGGAGACCGCGGCUGGGGCAAGUGGUGGGGGACGGCACUGAACUUCCCUAAGGACCCCAAGGGUUCAGCCGAGGGACCGGCACCCACUCCGCUCACAGAGGGCUCCCUCCCUACAGUAGGGAACGCACCCGAAACUCAGCCGACAAGGCGCAGGGGAGCAGGGCAAAGACAUUGCAACCAGAAGCCCAAGGCCGGCCGACACUUUCAGACCCUGGGGCAGCCCCUGGUAGGCACCCCGCCGAGCCCGCAGGACGCGGCUCCAAGGCAGGGUUCGCCCGGGCCGGGGCCAGCGCGGACCACAGCUGUAUGGCGCCCGGCGCCCUCCGGAGCUGCAGCGGAGCACGGCCAGAAGCCGCAGACCCCGAGUGCCUCUCUGCAGCCGCCGCUCCCGCCCCCGCCCCCACCAGGGGACCCGACACCUCCGUCUCCACUCCCCCCAGCCCACGUUCCCCCAACUCUUCUCACCCUCCAGGAGCCGGUGACCGACGAAGGUCCUUCUUUCCGCGUGGAGGGACUGUGCGCGUUCCGCCUGGCUGUGGGUAGGGGUCUGGGAGCUCUGGCCGCUAACACUUCUGCUCCAGCCGCUGGGAGUCCUCUGGCUGCCGCCGCCGCCGCCGCCGCCGCCUCCAGCAGCAAGUUUCCAUAA